AUGGAGUAUCUCGAGGAUUACCAAUUUACCCUUUCCUAUCAUCCCGACAAGGCUAACGUGGUGGCAGAUGCGCUAAACUGCAAGAAUAGAGGGAUUGUUGCUAGUUUAUCACUUAGGGAAUGGAGUAUGGUUGGAACGCUCAAUGAAUUUGGGAUUGCUACACCUAAAAUCCUGAGCGAGAUAUUAGAAUCACAAAGGUACGAUCAGGAGGUAGCAUUUAUCAAGGCACGAAUGGAAUCUAGUGAAACCAUGCUUGGUUGGGAAAUUCACACUGAUGGGAGUUUGAAAUAUCAAGGUCAAAUGUUCGUGCCAAGCGACAACUCACUAAGCGAAAAGGUACUCAAGGAAUUCCACCAUUCAGCAUUUGCAGUACAUCCAGGAG